AUGGCUGGACUUGAAUCAACGGCCGCCUUUGCCGAGAGAACCACGCAGAUCGGCAUGGAUGCCUCGUUCUUGAAGGAGCUCACUGAUAAACAUCUUGAUACCUUUGGGAAGCUAGCCUUUGUGUGUAGCUGCAGACCAAACUCAGGCGACGACAAGCCUUUGUUUGAGGCAGUAAAAGACCUCAUAGGCAAAGAUGUUCCACAAAAGGAGACCACGACUCUCAGGAGGCUAUGGUUUGAGGCGCAUAGCCACGCGCUGGUUGAUCUCGAAGCUAGGGCUUCGAGAACCGGUGAUACCUCUCCUCGUGAGCUCCCCCUUGCAGAGAGGAUGUCUCGCCUGAAGCGUCAGCGAGCAGACUUGAAAGGCAUUGAAUUGGACGUGCGCACGGAACCGGGACAUUGCUUAGUUGAUCGUGCCCAGGCCAUGCUUGAUUCAGCUCAAGUGCUGUACUUGGCCCCCGAGAAGCGCGUGGCCCGCCAGGAUGAAAUCAAUGGUGACAAGAGUGAGCAGAAGCUGUCGUUCUCAGCGGAUGGAAGCAUCAAAGUGACCAAACAGGCCAUGCAAUUGCACUGCUUGACGCCAGCAGGGCACCGCUACAUGACAGUUCAGCAAAUCAUUGCCGCCGAUCAGAAGUGUUGGCAGGUGGUCUUCCAAGAAAGCCGCGGCAGCUUGACGAUCGGGGUAAAGGAGGUGCCAAAGGAGGCAAAGGUAAAGGCACAGGCAAAGAGGGCCUCCGCACAAGAGUUGGACGCCCAGCUACGAUCAUCCACGUAA